AGUGACAACAAUUUUUUUCAACGGAGGAGUUACGGGUCUGAGAGAAUGAAGAAAUAUCAUUUCCUGAUACUGUGCUUCAUGUUUUGCACUGGAGAGAUACCACUUUCUACAAAAGCAUUUGUGCUUAAUUCGAACAUUUGCGGAACUAAUCAGAACGCUAAUACGUUGAUACAUGGAGACAGCCAAAAUGCUAUAAACAACUUCGCUCAUGUUAUCAGUCAUAAACGGAUGUUUGAUUUAUAUGGAGACAAUGAAAACCACGCCGUGGGAUGCAGGAAAUCUGCUGGACAGUACAAACACAGGAAAGGGCGGUUAUAUGACGGAUCGACAUGGACUUUGGACUGUUGGGAUCCAGUUGAAUGUACCAUGAUAGAAACAGUAGAACAUGGACGCGAUACAUUAAAACUUCUCCCUUUCUCGUCCUCGUCAUCUGGUCACGUCAACGUCGAAACCGUACUUCUGCCAAUCGAUGAACACAAUACGGUAUCUUACACAUUCCUGCCUGCUUCUACUCAGAAAGGUAUUUUCUUUGUUACCGCCUUGUUGACUGGCUGCAGUGUCUUCGUCGCAAAACCUGAUAACUUGAACUGUAACCUUAUCGUUAUGCAUUCUAACUACUUCUGUACCAGUUCCUCAACCACUGAUUUCAACCACAAAUAGGCCAUGGCGGUGCUAGAGUUAGUUCAUGACACGAAUAAGCACUGCACAUAUAAUGUGCAGUCAGUUCGACGUUGGGCGGCUGAUGUCAACCACCAUAACAUUGCUGCAGCUCAUCAUCCGUAUGCCAACAACAUCUUCUAUUACAAAAUGAGUUAUGUCAAUUUCCUCUAUGGCUAUAACCCAGGUGGAGCCAACGGAAAAUGGCGCUUCUGUGUCAAAGAAUUGCAUACUGGUACACCAGUAGAACAUUGUCAUGAUAUAUGAUUUCGAACACGAAACCCACAAACGGGUUUUCUCUUUUUAGAGCAUGAAACACACGCAUGAGCUUAUCAAUCGCUGAUAUAUUAUAAUGGAAAUAAAGCAAUUUUUUAAGACGUUUCAUAGACCUUAUAUUCAACCAGCUAGUCCCACAUUCAUUAAACAGCCUGUUGCUUUGAAUAGAACGCAUACACGAUACGUCGCUGUACUUAUUAUUUAUCCUUUCAAAGCAAGCAUGGGCCCAUGCUAAAAGCAGAUUUGUAAUAUAUUCUAUAAGCCGACCCAUUCGUUCAUUUUGCUGUUGUCGUAAUAUUUGUUUUGGCUUCUGACGUUGCUGUAAUUAUUAUUGCUACAUUAUAAUAAAAAUAUAUCUUGCUAAUGGGAA